UACAGAAAAGUUAAAUGUCAAAUCAAAUAAUUGUCAACAGCAUUUUCGAAUUUAGAACCGUUGUGUUAUUAGUUUUUUUGUUACUUGUAAAUUCUAUAGACAGAGUAUAAAAGAAUUAUGAUAUUUGUGUGAUAUGUAAUUAAAUAACAAAUCAUGUUAGACCAACGUUACUCCGACAACGAACUGUCUAAAAGAGACAUUCCUUCCUUCAUUGAACCUCGGCCUCCGUUAAUACAGAAUCCGUUUAUGAGACCUCGUCCUCAAAAGGGUAUGAAUUUACUAGAAUUAUUUGAAGAAGACUCUGAACUUGAGGAGCCAGAAUUGGUUCAGGUAUAUCUGCGGUUAAAGCCGUGCAACGAGAGGAGUAAUCUUUACGAAGUGAGAUCAGACAGAUGUUUGGUUACUUCCCUGGACACGGCUACAGCGGGCCACGGGCGACGUACUCAGCACAAUGUGUCCAAAAUGUACACCUUCUCGAAAAUAUUUCGACCGGAUUGCACUCAAAAAGAAAUCUUUGAACAAGUGGUCCGGGACAAUUUGAAGAAGCUUCCGGAUGGCCAGAGCUUCACCCUCCUCACAUACGGAGCAUCGGGAUCUGGGAAGACGUACACCCUUAUGGGAACAGUGAGCUCCCCCGGUCUGGUGCCUCGGUCUCUGGAGUAUGUAUUCAAACUGGUAGAUGCAGCUCAGCAGCCUCUCUACAAGCCCGGUGAAGCUGGUGCUGAGAAGUUAAGUCUGGCUGAACAGGAUUUUGAAUUACAGUGGGUGAAGAGAUUGCGGCAUGUAUCGGCGCCGCUGCGCGACAAAUACCGGCGCAUGAGCACUCAACUGCACAGUGACAUGACAGUCAGCUCCAUAGACCUCACUAACAGGACGCGGUAUUAUGUUUGGGUAUCAUUCGUGGAGAUAUACAAUGAAGCGAUAUACGAUCUGCUGUCCCCGCCCGACAAAAGGACCAAGUUGCGCAUACGCGAGGAUUCAUCUGGACAUGUUUAUGUAAAAGGCGUGACGCAAGCAUUCGUCAGAUCAGGAGAGGAAGCUUAUGAUGUGAUGGUGGCUGGCAAACACAACCUAAUCGUGGCAGCUACUGGAGUGCAUGCCCAGUCGUCAAGGUCCCACUGUAUCUUCACCAUCACGAUGCUCACAGAGAUUGAUGGCGAAGUGCGCUGGUCGAUGGUCCGGCUGUGCGACCUGGCGGGCUGCGAGCGAGCUCGGGCGACGCGCAACACGGGCGCGCGCAUGCAGGAGUCGCGCGCCAUCAACUCCUCGCUGCACGUGCUGGAGCGCUGUCUGCACACGCUGCGCCGGCGCCAGCGGGCAAGGAACCGCGCAGACGCGCUCGUGCCUUACAGAGAGUCCAAGCUGACCCGACUGCUCGGCUCUGGGUUAUCGGGCGCCCGUGGCGAGGCAGUGAGUAUGGUGGUGACGCUCAACCCCUCCCCGGAGUAUGCUCAUGAGACGAAACACGUUCUCACAUUGGCAGCUGUAGCGCAGGAUAUACAAAUAAACAACACAAUGUUGACAACCACGCUGGAAAGCAGCACCCAAGACACCACUAUCGAAAGCAGUGCAGAAGUCAUGCGCCUGCGCUCCGAAAACGAGAGACUACACUUUGAACUAGUGCAAGCCCAAGCUCGUAAUAAAGAGAUGUUGGCGUCUAUGGAGGAGCGGCAACAACAAGCCGCGGACACCAUGAGGGAGUUGGUUGAGGAGGCCAAGGACAUCACGCGUCAGUACUACGAGGCACAAUUGCAGGCGUUGAGGACCGAGAUGGAAGAAAUGGCUGAAGAGUAUGAGAGCAGACUGGCCAAGAGUACGGCACCAUCGACAGAAGCUGGCACGCCGUCACGCUACCUGCAGGCGAAGGUCGCUCAACUGAUGACUGAGAUUGCCGUAUUGGAGGAAAAAUUAACAGCGGAACAUCUUGCACGAUCUCGCGCAGAAAAAGAAGUACAGCAUUUACGGGAUUGCAUAGAAGAGAGAGAUGAAAAAGCAUUCAAAGACAACAAUUCUAACAAUCAAGAAGUUAUGGCGCUUUCGGAUAGUGACCACGAUAGCGACGAAGAAAAUGACAUAUUUAACGAAAGCCUAGAACCUAUAUUCAAAAAGGAAAAUAUGAACAAAUCACAUAGUGUGCAUAGAGAUGAUUUGAAACAAAAUGUAAGCCAACAAAUUGUUGAGGAAGAAUGCGAUAAAUCCAUUGAUACAUUGAAGAAUGAUUCACAUAAUGACACUACUAAGGACUCUGCAUACGCGGGUGGUGAUGAUGAAAGUGAUUACAAUAAAAUAUCUGAUGACUUGUCUGACAGCAUACGCCAUGAGAAAUCUGCUGUUGACCAAAAUAACGCAUUAAAUGAAAAAGAAGGUAAUGAUUCAACGCAUGAGGAAAACCAGGAUUUUAGUCUUGAUCCAAUUAAUAAUUUAGUUGAGAUUGAUAUUGAUGGUAAAAAAGAUGAUAAUGAUAUCCACGCAGAAAAAGAUGAUAGUACGCCAAAAAAAGAAUUAAGAGAGGUUACAAACGAAAAGUCAGUUUUAACUGCAAGUAAAUCUGACUUCCGUGGUACCUAUUGUUUGCCAGAUGAAACACCAUCAAAUGUAGUUAAAGAGGAUGUAUUUAAAAAGCCUAGUUUACUUCGAGGAACUUAUUUCGUAAAUCAAGCUGUAAAACCAUCUGAAGAUACACAUAAUAAAACAGAUGUCUCCCUAACGAAAGAGAAUGGGAUGGAUAUGGCUAAAACAAAACAGGACGGAGAAAAAAUCGCAAAGAAAGAAAAGGAAACUUUAGUAAGUAAGAUUAUACAGUCGAUUAAAUCUCAAGGUAGUGACAGUUCCUUGAGACAAUUUGAAUUACUUGAAAUGGAAGCAAAUGCUUGUGAAGAAACUAAAAAUGACGUGCCAGAUUUUGGUGAAGUGAGAUUUUUAAAAGAAAAAAGAACUUAUUUCGAAGAUAAUACAAAUCUAACCACUAAUAAUAAGGUUCAGAGCAACGUCGAAAAAGUGAAACAAAUCUUUGAGAAUAAGUCUAAAGAUCAGUCAAAAGAAAUGUUUGAUAUAAAGACUGACAAAGAUAAAGCUAGAGAGCAAUUGAAGAAAUUUUUUGAUACAAAAAUUUACACAGAUAAAUCGAAAGCGCAACCGAAAGAGUUUCUUGGGAUAAAUAUUAAUAAAGAUGAAUCGAAAGCACACCCGAAAGAGUUUCUAGAUAUAAAUAUUAAUAAAGAUGAACCUAAAGCAAACCCUAAAGAAUUUCUUGAUGUAAAUAUAAAUAAUGAUAAAUCUAGAAAUAAUCCAAAAGAAUUUUUUGAUACAAAAAUUAACUCAGAUAUUCCUAACGACGAUGCGAAACAAUCUUGUGAAAUAAAAAGGAACAAAGAAAAACGUACGUAUUUCGACAAUAUUAGUAUUAAUAUUGAUGCACCGAUUAAUAAAAAGAUAAAUGAUAUUAUUACUCAAAAUACAGAUGAACGCUCACCAUCAAUAGUAAAAGAACUGGUUGGUAAUGAUUUCGAGCCAAGUACAAUUAAGAAAUUGCUUGGAGAAAGUUUAACAAAACCUGAGUUUCUGUCAUCAAUACAAAAAAAUAGAAUAGUAAAGAAACAUGACUCUGUAGAUAUUUUUGAAGAUUUUGAUUCUCCCCAUAUUAACAAACCUAUGGAUUUUAAAAAUGAUUUUGACGCUGUGACGAAAUCUGUAGAGAAACUUAGAUUACCGGAAGUAGAUAAAGUGGAUAUAAAACGUGAAAUCAAAAUGGAAGCAUUCUCUUCAAUAGAUACACCUGUCAUUGAAGGUUGCAAAUCUCAAAAUAAUCUACCAGAAAUCAUCGUAAAUAAUACUCCAACAGAUACAACAAAUGUAAAUAAUACCAUUGAAGAGUUUGAAAAUUUGUACAAAGAUGUUACACAACCAAGAGCUACAGAAUUCGAAUUAUUAGUAUCGCAAGUAAGCACUGUUGAAACUAAAGAAACUGAUGAUGUAAAACAAAAUGAAGUUAAAAGUGUUGUUAAAUCUAAAGAAACUGAUAUUGUAAAACAAAACGAAGUUAAAAAUGAACCUAAGCAAAUUCAAUUUGAAGUUGAAGAAACUAAUUAUAAGUUACGUAAUAAGUCGCAAUCUAAAAGCACUAAAACAACAGCCUUUACCGAACAAGGUGAUGAAAUAUUAGCGGAGAGUCAGGAGAAAUGUGAAAGUAAGUUAAGGACAAAAAGAAGUCUGCGUUUAAGAAGACGGAACCCUGUGGACGAGGAACAAGAAGUAAAAUUGAAGGAUAUAGUAAACUUGCAAGACGAGUUCUCAGAUGUGACAAUGGAUGUCCCUGCAGCAAAGAAAGAAGUAAAAGAUAUUCCUUCUCCAGAAAAAUGUGCUGAGGAAGAAAAUGUACCGCCAAUAUUGGGAAUUCAGAGUUGCCCUUCUAAGAGUGUAACAAGAAGUCGUCGAAAACUUUUCACUCCUCGGGCUGAGCCUUUAGAAGAGUCCCUUACGCAAGCUGGAGACAGCAACGAAAAGAUUCGUGUGCCUCGACCGUCUUACCACCGUACAAGAGCUCGUCGCAAGCUCUGAAUAUUAGCUGUAAAAUAUUAUAUGCUCUUAAAUAUAACCAGUGUAAUAAAAAUUGUAUUAUCAAUAUUAAAAAUAGAUACACAAUUAUUUUGACAGUGAAA